CAGCUGCUGUGAUUUGCUGUUUCACAGCCGAGUUUGGUGAUCUUGGAAAACAUGGAUGAAUUGCAAGAUGUCCAGUUAACCGAGAUCAAACCUCUUCUGAAUGAUAAGAAUUCAGCUCGAAACUUCCAGGACUUUGACUGUCAGGAGCAUGACAUUGAGACAGCUUUUGGAGUUGUUCACGUCACUCUGCGUGGAACACCAAAAGGAAACAGGCCCAUCAUCCUCACGUACCAUGAUAUCGGCCUCAACCAUAAAUCCUGUUUCAAUGCUUUCUUCAACUUUGAAGACAUGCAGGAGAUCACGCAUCACUUUGCUGUGUGUCAUGUUGAUGCACCAGGACAACAGGAAGGGGCUCCCCCUUUCCCUUCUGGAUUCCAGUAUCCCACAACUGAUGAGCUAGCUGAAAUGCUCCCUGCUGUUCUUACACACCUGAGUCUCAGAAGCAUAAUUGGCAUUGGAGUUGGAGCUGGUGCUUACAUUCUCAGCCGGUUUGCAUUGAAUCACCCGGACUUGGUGGAAGGCCUUGUGCUUAUUAAUAUUGACCCGUGUGCAAAAGGAUGGAUGGACUGGGCAGCAUCCAAGUUUUCUGGGUGGACAACUAACAUUGUGGAUAUUGUCCUGACUCACCUUUUUGGUCAGGAAGAACUGCAAGCUAAUCUGGACCUGAUCCAGACAUACAGACUUCAUAUAGCACAGGACAUCAAUCAGGAAAAUCUUCAGCUCUUCCUCACCUCCUACAAUAGCCGUAGAGAUCUGGACAUUGAGAGACCAGUCUUAGGUGUGAAUGAAAAUACAGCAAAAACACUCAAGUGUCCUGCCUUACUAGUGGUUGGGGAUAGCUCGCCGGCAGUUGAAGCUGUGGUUGAGUGCAAUUCACGGCUGGAUCCAGCAAACACAACAUUUUUGAAGAUGGCAGACUGCGGAGGGUUGCCUCAGGUUGUUCAGCCCGGGAAAUUGACUGAAGCAUUCAAGUACUUUGUGCAAGGAAUGGGCUACAUCCCUUACGUGCAGCUCAGCCACCUCAGCACUGAGUCAGUGCCGUCUGCUAGUAUGACCAGGCUGAUCCGCUCCCGGACCCACUCUUCUUCAAGCUCUGGCGAGAGUGCUCAGACAAGGUCUCAGGCCAGCAAACCAGAAGCAACGAUUGGAAUGCCUGAAGCAGCUGACAUUCGUGGCUCUCCUCAGACAAUGGAAGUAUCCUGCUAAGCAAGCCCUCUUGUGUAUUCAGACAACCCCUUUCCUUUACUCCGAACCCACCCAGAAUCAGUGUUCACCCAGAAAAGUGGCAUUAACGGUUUUUUCUAACUUGUGCCUGCCCAUCCUAGUUGCCAUCUUCUCACCUGUCUGUUGGGUAUUGCUUUGGGUU